AUUCCAUCGCAUUUCAACUGGAUGGUGCCGGUCUCUUCACGGGUCACACUGGGGAACAAGGAGUGAUUCCUAAUGACAUACAGAGAUAUAAAACAAAACAAUAAUCAAACUACAAAUUAUAAUAAACAGAAUAUUGAUAGUCAAAACCAGAGGCCAUAAUAUGAUAAAGCCCUGGCUCUUAAUAGAGCCACUUAGGCUAGAAUUACGUAUGUCAGGCUCUGGUGAAACUCCUCACAACUGAUGCCACAACUGAUGACAGAAGUGCAUCAGUUGGCAUCAGUUGUUUAGCAUCUGGCAUUUAUUAUUGUGCAUGCUGGGGAGGGGAACGCAGCAAGAUGCGUGCCCCUGUCCAUAGCUCAUGCGUCGUGUUUCACUAUCCGGUGUCCCACUUGAGACGCCAGAUCAAUAUGAACUGUCCAAUUCCAAUGGAGGGGAAGUGGAAUACUCAGGUUCUCUAUACUUACAUGGCUUUGAGAGCAACACACGUGGACUUCCUUAAGCAGGACAAUGCCAGUCUACACAACACUUCCGAGUAUGACAACUCAAACCUCAUUGUGAGACGCGGACAGCCAUUCAAAUUGAAGAUUUCCUUUGACAAUCAAGUGACUCAGAGAAAUAAAGUAACUUUGCAGUUUACAACUGGGUCCCGUCCGAUGAAAGCAAAUGGAACCCUUGUGGCUAUUGAGCUCAACUCUUCAAGGCUGCCCUACGAUUGGAGUGCUAAAACCCUGGAGAAUCAUGGUAGAGAGUGUACAGUAGUUGUGAACACUCCAGCCAAUGCAAUCAUUGGAAAAUAUUUCCUCAGUAUAAUAACAGGAAGAGGAAUGGUCUACAUGACAGGAGAUUGUCCUAUUUAUGUCCUGUGCAACCCUUGGUGCAAAGAUGACAGUGUAUAUAUGCCAAACGAAGAUGAGAGGAAAGAAUAUGUUCUAAAUGACACUGGUUACAUAUAUGUGGGAUCACAAAAUAACAUCAAAGCAAGGCCAUGGAAUUUUGGGCAGCAUGAAGAAGACGUGUUGGAUUGUUGCUUCUUUCUUCUUGACCGUAGUGGACUGAAACCAGCAGCAAGGAGGGAUCCCGUGAUUUUAUCAAGGAAGUUCUCAGCUUUAGUUAACUCAAAUGAUGACCAUGGAGUCUUGACAGGCAAUUGGUCUGGAAAGUAUUCUGCAGGGUGUUCCCCCACCUCUUGGACAGGAAGCAGUGCCAUUCUGCAAAAAUUUUAUAAAACAAAAAAGCCGGUUCUAUUUGGUCAAUGUUGGGUUUUCUCAGGAGUUGUGACAACAGUGAUGCGCUGUAUAGGAAUCCCAGCAAGAAGUGUCACUAACUUUUCUUCAGCUCAUGAUACAGAGGAGAAUCUAAAGAUUGAUUUUUAUAUGAAUGAGAAAGGAGAAAAGAUGGAUGAAUAUUGCAGUGACUCUGUUUGGAACUUCCAUGUAUGGAAUGAUGUAUGGAUGAAACGACCAGACCUUCCCAGUGGAUAUGAUGGCUGGCAAGCAAUAGAUGCAACCCCGCAGGAACCAAGUGAAGGUGUCUUCCAGUGUGGCCCCUGUUCUCUGACAGCUUUAAAAAAGGGAAUAGUAUACCUGCCGUAUGAUGCCAAGUUUGUGUUUGCUGAGGUAAAUGCUGACAAGAUGGAAUGGAUGGUAAAAGAAAUAAUGGGAGACGAGCAAAUCACCCUGUUACGGGAGGAGAAAAAGAGCAUUGGGAAAAACAUCAGUACUAAGGCAGUCAAUAGGAACUUGAGACAAGAUAUAACAUUAGAAUACAAACACAAGGAAGGUUCCCCAGAAGAGAGAGAGACUUUCCAAGUUGCCUGUUCUAACUUAAAGUCAGAUGCUUGCUUGGUGUUUGCGGCUCCGCCAGUACGCCCUCCACCUGGAAUUAAGAUACAGAUCACAGGAGAAAAGGAAUUACCUCCCGGGAAUCCAUUGUCCCUUAAUAUAGUGAUUGAAAAUGAAUCAGAUCAGUCAAAAACAGUGAAUGUCACUGCUGGCUGUCAGCUACAAGCCUAUACAGGCAAAAUCAUUGCCUCACUGGCAUCCAUCACCGAGACCGUGGAAGUGGCAGAGAAACAAGUUGCUACCAUUCCCGUGAACAUUGCUGCUGACCAAUACAUGAAGUUUAUGACUUUAGUAGAUGAUGAGCUCAUGAUCAGACUGAAUGUCAUAACAGAAACUAAAGAGGAAAAAAAUAGCGAGUGCCUGGUCAUAUCAUUUAUAUACCCACCUAUCAAAGUAGAGAUGCCAGAAACUGGAAAGAUUAAUGAAGAUUUUACCUGUACAUUCACAUUUAAGAAUACUCUAAGUGUUCCCUUAGAGAAAUGCGAGUUACAUGUAGAAGGACUUGGCCUCUUCCGACUUGAGAAGUUUGAUCAAGGGGAUGUUAAACCAGGAGGAAUAUUUCGCUCCAAGAUUAUAUGUGCCCCAAGGAAGGUUGGAGAAAGGAAAAUCGUGGCUGAGCUCCUUUCCAAGCAAAUUAAAGGAAUCCAUGCUGAGAAAAUAAUCAAUAUCACCCAAUAAAUCCUGAAGAGAUGGAUUUUAUUGCGCCGUACAAUAAAUGCCUUGUUGACUUGGUGCAGAUGGUUCUGCCAAAGUACUUACCAUGAAUAAAAAAUAAAAAUAAGAAUU